AAUCAUUGUUUUGCAGACACUUGAAACCUUCUCCAACUGGUUGAAUAUUCAGUUACGAGUUAAAAGUAGCAGUGCUUUGUUUUGUUGGUGAUUGAGCUGUUUCAGAACAAAGAUCUUGUUUUUAAGCUGAUUGGCGAGCAAAUUAGGGCGAAAAGUGUCUAACGGGCAGAUAUUGUAUGGGGAAAUCACCCUUGCUUAUAUUAUAACUGUGGUAUAUUUUUUAUAUUUUUAAAUUUUUAAACUUUUUAGAUUUUCAGGGUUUUGCAUUUUUAUUUUUCUGCAUUUUAUAUUAUAUUUGUUUUUGUAUUAUUUCAUUUGCUGAAUUUUUCAAGAGAAAAUGAAACAAUGUUAUUAUGAGGUGUUGGGAGUUUCUCCAGAUGCCACUGAAUUAGAUUUGAAAAAGGCCUACAGAAAGAAAGCAUUGCUAUAUCAUCCUGAUAAAAAUAGAGACAAUAUUGAGUCUGCGACUGAGCAGUUUACAUUGAUCAAGGCAGCAUAUGAGGUUCUAUCAGAUCCACAAGAGAGGGCGUUUUAUGACUCGCACAAAAGUCAAAUCUUACGAGAUGAUAAUGACGAGAUGGUGAACGAGGGAGACGAUUACUAUUACAGUGAUAACUAUGAAGAUGCUGGAGUGAGUGUGAGCGAUUUAUUGAGAUUUUUCGAUCCGUCGUUAUAUGUUAGAAAGGACGACACACCAGCAGGAUUGUAUCAAAUCGCAAGCAAAGUGUUUGCUAAAUUGGCAGCAGAAGAGGUGUCAAGUGGGAAAAAGCAGAAUCUUGAGAAUUUUGAAAAGUAUAAAGAUGAUUAUUAUUCAUUGAGUGUUGAUAGCAAUAGUUAUGAUGAUGAAAGUUUUUUGUUUCCUAGAUUUGGUGAUUCUAAGAGUGAUUAUUCCACCAGUAUUCGAAAUUUUUAUUUCAAGUGGUCCAAUUUCCAAACGGUGAAGACGUUUAAUUGGAAGGAGAAGUAUGCAUAUUCAGCAGCGAUGGAUAGAAGAACUAGACGAGCCACUAUAAAGGAGAAUAACAAGUUGAAAAACGAGGGUAAAAAGGAGUACAAUGAAACAGUACGAGAUUUUGUAUCGUUUAUUAAAAAGCGGGAUCCACGGGUUAAGAUUGGGAUAAAGCAGUUUGAAAGAGAGAAGAGAAGACAAAAGUUGAAUGAUUUGCAAAAGCAGGUCGAAAAGGAGAAAAUCAAGCAGAAAAAAGAUGAGAUAGAACAAUUUAAUUUACAGAAUUGGCAGAAGUAUGAUAUGGAUGAAUUCAAUGAAAUUGAGAGUCAUUUUUCUGAUAAUUAUUAUAAAAGUAAUAACAAGAAGGGAGUGUAUGGAAAAAAAGAAGUAUUAGUAGAGGUAGAAGAAGAAGAAAAUGUUGAUAUUGAUGAUGAUGAUGAUGAAGAGGAAGAGGAAAUUAUUGAGGAAAAUAUAUUUGAAUGUGUUAUUUGUAAUAAGUUUUUCAAAAGUGAAAAGCAGUUUCAAAGCCAUGAAAAGAGUAAAAAACACAAGAAAUUGUUGUCACAGUUAAAAUGGCAAAUGAAGAAGGAAGGAUUAGAAUUGGGAUUUGAUUCUGUUGGGGAAAAUGUUUUUGUUAGUGGUGAUAAAAAUAAUAAAGAGGAAUCUUAUAGCGGAAAUGGUAUUAAUGAGGAUAAUAAUGAGGGCAAUAAUGAGGGUAAUAAUGAGGGCAAUAAUGAAAAUAAUAAUGAAAAUAAUAACGAAAAUAAUAAUGGUGCAUAUGAAUAUGCAUAUGCAUAUGCGUCUAAUGAAAAUGAACUCAAUUACAAUGACAGUUUUGAGAACAAGAAGAAUAAGAAUUUCAGCAGUAAAGACUCAUUAUUUGAAACCGAGAAAGAUACUGAAGUUGAUGAUAUCAUUGAUACUGAUUUGGAGAAUGAUAUUGAAAUAGAAAGAGAGAUGCCCUCGAUUUAUAAAAGUAGUCGAAAAUCUAAGAAAAAAAGCAAGCAGAUGAAGAAAAACUUAAACAAGCUAAAUUCCGAGUAUAGCAAAUACUCAGCAGAGAAGGAUUUAGAGUUGGAGUUGGAGUUGGAGUUGGAGUUGGGAUCGAUAAAUUCUGAUUUAACCGAGCUUUCGUCGAUUCUUAACAGCAAAUUAUCGCUAAAUGGCAAGACUAACAGUGAAGAAGAUACCGAAGACGACUGGUCAAGAAAGGGCAAGAAAGGGAAGAAAAAGGUUCGGAGAAGCAAGAGAACACAGGCCGCACCGGCGGGUGGUGGUGCUGCUGUUGGUACUGCUGCUGCUGCUACUGAUGGUGCAGUUGGCAGCACAAACCACAGCAGUUCUGGGACAAUGUACCAGAAAUGCGCAACCUGUCACGAAAAGUUCUCGUCGAGAAACAAGCUCUUCCAGCACGUCAAGUCGUCGGGACACGCAGCAAGAAAGACCAAAUAGCUGGAAGACAGAGGAGCUGUGGUUCCGGUGCAGCACAGAAAGCAGAGCGCGCGUGACACGCACGUGCGGCACUCAAAGUAGCCAUCGUGGCGGUGUUUGUGGCUGCGCACAGGGUGGUUUUUCGGGGACGGCUCUGAUUUGCUGCGGCGGCGACGCGGUCAUUGGUCGGCAGCCCGUGCGCGUUUUCCUCUUCCGUCUGCAAAUCUCGCCAACUCUAUCAGUGUUGCACAAUUAUUAUUCCCGGCUUUCUUCAGCUGGGCAUU